AUGAAGCGUGGUGUGGAGGCCCUUGGAGACUCCUAUUUGCAAGCUCGUCAACGCUUCGAAAGUCUUGAACGAAAAUUCGCUCGUAACCCUGAGCUUAAAACAGAAUAUAGUAAGUUCAUAAAGGAAUAUCUGGACCUUAAUCACAUGUCGCUAGUUACCAAUGAGGUUUUUCAACAAUGCAAGUAUUUUCUGCGGCAUUAUUGCGUCAUCAAGGAUGACAGUAGCACAACAAAGCUGAGAGUGGUUUUUGAUGGCUCUGCAUCCACUACUUCGGGCUUUUUGCUGAACGACCUACUCAUGGCAGGCCAAACUAUUCAGCCGAAACUUUUUAAUAUCCUUAUUAGAUUUCGUACCUUUCCCAUAGCACUUACUGGGGACAUCUGUAAGAUGUAUAGGUGUGUUCGCGUCACCCCACCAGAUAGCAUGCUCCAAUGCAUAUUGUGGCGUGAAUCUCCUCAGGAAAACUUUGCCAUCUAUAAGUUAGACACGCUGACUUAUGGAACUAAGCCUGCGUCAUUCCUGGCCAUACGUGCCAUGUACCAACUCGCAGCUGACGAAUCCUCGACUUAUCCCAUUGGUGCAGAAAUAGUGCGUCGAGACUUCUACGUAGAUGACUUGAUAUCUGGAGGCGAUUCGAUGGAAGAAGUACUGAAUAUCAAGCUACAAACAACUAGCCUCCUUGCUCGAGGAAACUUUAAGUUACGCAAGUGGUGCUCUAAUAGUCCAGAUAUCCUUAGUGAUAUACCCGACGUAGACAAGGAACGUUUCCUUAAGUUUGACGAUGGCAGUGACAUCACCAAAGCUCUGGGACUAGUUUGGGAUCCGGUCAAGGACAAGGUGCUAUUUUCGUUUGUGCCACAACGAGAACUCGGUAAAAACUCAAAACGCUCUGCGUUGUCUACUCUAGCUCGCUGUUACGAUCCCCUUGGACUAAUGGGCCCUACGCUGACCAAGGCGAAGAUUCUUCUGCAACGCAUGUGGAGAGACAAGCUUGAGUGGGAUGAGAGUCUACCGCAAUCGUUAAACACCGCCUGGUCUGCCUUUUGCAGCGGGUUUGCAGACAUACAGCACCUAUCAUUUCCUCGUUACGUCUUGCAACCUGGAGCCAUUACAGAAAUUCAUGCAUUUUGCGAUGCAAGCCUUGAAGCUUAUGGGGCUUGCGUUUAUACGCGUUCAGCCAAGGAUAGUAAGGUACAAGUGCACCUGUUGUGUUCGAAGGCUCGUGUCGCUCCACUGAAGACUAUCACCGUGCCCAAGCUGGAACUCUGUGCAGCAACACUGCUUGCACCACUCAUAGAUUCCUCCACUGUCCUCUCGUGGCUGCGAGAAGAACCAUCGAAAUUUAACGUAUUUGUCGCUAACCGAAUUUCCACCAUACAUCAAUUAACGGAGGGCAUGCGGUGCCACUAUGUUCCGACAGCAAUGAAUCCGGCGGACAUUUUAUCCAAAGGAGCUACCCCGCAGGAACUUCUAGGAUCUUCACUUUGGAUGCACGGCCCGUCAUUUUUGCGAGAAGUGGAGGGCAGCUGGCCGCGCAUGUGUCUACCACAACCAAAACUUCCAGAACUUCGACAAAAGGUGUUGCUUGCCGCACAUAACCGCAAUGACAUUUCGCUUUCUUUCAAGUACAUUAAUUCAUUUGGAACAAUGCAGCGCAUUUUUGGGUACGUCAGCAAACAGUCACUCGAGUCCUACAAAAAUGCAUUAUUUGCUGCAAAUCGAGACCGCGCCUUGUCGAGCACAUAA